GCGAGACGGGACUAGCGCCACUCCAUUCCACUUCCCAUCCAUCUUCCCUUCCUUCUCUGCUAUCAUCCUGCCUUUCCCUCGCCGAUACUAGACGGAAAUCCCCCGAUUUCGUUCCCCGGGAUGAGAUUUUCGCCCCGGAUUUGAGCGAUUCGAUUCGAUCCGUCACGACCGUAUUAAUUUCGAUUGAUUUGCUGCGGGAUUAGCGGCGCUCGCCAUGACGCCCAUGGUGGUCUCCCUCCUGCUCUUCGCCUCCCUCACCGCGCUGCUCCUCAUGGCCCCGCGCGUCUCGCCGCCGCCCCUGCUCGUUCGGCCCGACGACAAGCCGCCCGCCGCCGCCGCUGCCGCCGCGGGGGUGGCUGCUGCCGUCGCGGCGAGCGGAGGAGGCGCAGCCGGAGUCGGGGAGGGAGCGGAGGACCUCGCCCUGUUCCGCCGCGUGACGCUGGACGCGGGCGAGGGGUCCGCUGUCGCCGCGGCCCCCAAGGUGGCGUUCCUCUUCCUCACCAACUCCGACCUCACCUUCGCGCCGCUCUGGGAGCGCUUCUUCGCGGGCCACGCGCACCGCUUCAACGUCUACGUGCACGCCGACCCGGCCGCAACCCUCCUCCUGCCCCCCACCCCCUCCUUCCGGGGCCGCUUCGUGGCGGCCAAGCCCACGCGCCGCGGGGACCCGAGCCUCAUCGCGGCGGCGCGGCGCCUUCUCGCCGCGGCCCUGCUCGACGACCCCGCCAACGCCUACUUCGCGCUGCUCUCGCAGCACUGCGUCCCGCUCCGCGCCUUCCCGCGCCUCUACGCCACGCUCUUCCCUCCCACGGCCCCGCACCACCACCGCCUCCCGAGCUACAUCGAGGUGCUCACGGGCGAGCCGCAGAUGCCCGCCCGCUACGUCGCGCGCGGGGACGACGCCAUGCUCCCCGAGGUGCCCUUCGAACGAUUCCGCGUCGGCUCCCAGUUCUUCACCCUGGCCCGACGCCACGCCGUGCUCGUCGUCCGCGAGCGCAGGCUCUGGCGCAAGUUCCGGGAGCCAUGCCUGCCCGACUCGCAGGACGCGUGCUACCCGGAGGAGCACUACUUCCCCACGCUGCUCGACAUGGCCGACCCCGCCGGCGUCGCGCGCUACACGCUCACCAGCGUCAACUGGACCGGCAGCGUCGACGGCCACCCGCACACCUACGCUGCGACCGAGGUGUCGCCACGGCUCAUCGCUGACCUGCGCCGACCCAAUACCUCCACGCAUGAGCACAUGUUCGCGCGCAAGUUCGCGCCCGACUGCCUUGCGCCGCUCAUGGACAUCGCCGACACUGUCAUCUUCAAGGAUUGAUACUCCUCCCACCAUAGCUGCACGCACGAGGUCUAUCUGUUGGCUCGCGCGUGCGAAGACGAAAGCAGUGUCUUUCACUAGCAUCUCCACAGUUUCAGACUGGCUUCCUCUAUGUUCUUCUCCCCCUCUACUCCCUUGUACUAGACUUUAGUGGCAACAACCUAAUGCGAAGCGGCAGGUGUUGCGUCUGAUCAUGCAUCCAUCUAGUCUGUUCUUAGUACCACGUACGGCUGCCUAAGGCAGCUGUUGUGUUGAAAUAGAUAAAAGCGAUGGAUGGUGAGUGUGUUGUGUUCAGGUGAAGCAGAAAGAAACCUUGUUGUACAUAACCGAGGGUUGAAAUAAUCAUUCUGCAGCGUAGCACCAGCUUGUGUACUACUCAAACAUGUCUUGUGUGACAGUACGUAUGUGUAUGCAAUGUGCCGGUGGUUUCUUGUCA